UAUGGUUAUUGGUUUCUUUUGGAUGAAAAAGUAGUCAAGAAUAAACAGAAAGGACAAGGGAGGGCUCCUUUUUCAUUCUAUAGAAGAAGGAGUGCUAAUUGCUAAGCCGAUAAUCACCCACUCACUGGUACUAACUAUUUUCUCUGAAGAUGAGUAGUGAACCUUCUCUCUGGCGUUUGGAGAAAUUUAUUUUUCUACUCUACUACUCCCUUCUUUGGCUGCUAAGUUCCCAACUGAUCAAGUUUCAGAUUGUCGCUGAUCAACUCUUGCCUGAUGAUGAAGUGCUCGCUUUGAACGUAAUAGCAGACAAGUUGGAGUUAAAAUCAGUACCAUAUUUUACCGAUCAAUUUUGCAACAGGAGUGCCUCUCUUUAUGAUGUGGGCAUAUAUUGCAACUGCUCGUACCAGAAGUCCACCGUUUGCCACAUCGAGGACAUUUCAUUGAGCAAUAGGGGUUUGACCGGAAUAAUACCCGAGGAAUUGGCCAAGCUUACAUAUCUACAAACACUAGUUCUUUCUGACAACAAACUUUAUGGUGUUAUACCUGCUAGCUUGGGGAAGUUGCAGUUUCUCUACAAAGUGGAUCUUUCAAAUAAUCUAUUGACCGGGCAUAUACCAGAUAACCUUGGGAAAUUGAAUCCUCAAAUUUCCAACAUGUCCGAGAACGUCGGUUGUGCGAGUGGGACAUACCAAAGACAAUGUUACCGCAGCUCUCCCGACACUGUUGGCACCAUGAUAUGCGCUUUUUUCACCUUGGAUCUCUCAAUGAACCAGCUCAAUGGGCCAAUACCAGAUAGCCUCGGAAACAUACGAGUGAAUGAAAAUUCGGGGGUGAAUCCUUCCUGCUCAUCCUUGUCUAUUUCUUUGUCAAACAAUCGAUUGAGUGGAAGCAUACCAGCAACUUUUGGGAAUUUGAAGCUCCUUUCAUCACUGAAAUUGGGAGAGAACAACCUCACUGGUACUCUUCCAGACACACUUGGAAAUUUGAAAUCGCUAUCAUCCCUCUGGUUGCAAUCCAAUUAUUUCACAGGUGAUUUGCCAGAGAGUUAUGCCAAUCUUUCAGGCCUCUAUUCCUUUUCAAUAUCCGGGAAUUUUUUGUCAGGUCCUUUUCCCAACUUCAUAAAGAGUUGGACUUCUAUCCGUACUCUCUCACUCUAUGGAAACAACUUUAACGGCAGUAUAUCACCAGAAAUUUUUAAGUUGCCAAAUCUAGCUAAUCUGAUGAUAAGUGAUGUAAGCAAUACUUCUUUCCAAUUCCCAAAAGAAGCAAAGUCAUCCUACAUGACUAAUUUGAUUAUGAGAAACUGCUCGAUCACCGAUGAAAUUCCUAAUUACCUUUUCACUAUGUCAUCAUUAAAAUACUUAGACUUGAGCUUCAACAACUUAACUGGGAGAAUUCCAGAUUCUUCGACCAAUUUAAGUUUAACCUACAUGUCUUUUGCGAAUAAUAAGCUUGAUGGGAAAAUCCCAGCUUGGAUCGGUGCAGCUCGACGGAUUAAGAUAGAUCUUUCCAACAACAGCUUUUCAACUUUAGGCUUCCAAUUACCGAGCAAGGGAGAUUUGAACUUGUUUAACUGCUGCAAGCCUUCAUCAACUGCUCCAACUAUGACUUCUUUGAAUCAAAUGAUAGAGAAAAGAUGUCCUGGAGGAAAACCUACGAACCAUUCAUUGUUCAUAAAUUGUGGUGGUGAGGAAACAAGUAUUGAUGGGAAUCACUAUGACAGUGAUAACGAAACAUCACAAUUUCAUGUAAGCCGAAAAGGAAACUGGGCUUAUAGCAAUUCAGGAGGCUUCUUAUCAACAAGUGUGAAUUCCAGUGAGUACAUUCGAAGGGUGAAAUGUGGAAUUUCUGUAGCUCAGGCACCUCUAUAUGAAAAGGCUCGCCUCUCUCCCACCUCUUUAAAGUAUUAUGGAUUUUGUUUACGCAAAGGAAGUUACAAUGUGACACUUCAUUUUGCUGAAAUUGUUUAUGCCGAAGAUGAAGACUUGAGCAGUUCAAUGAAACGUAUUUUCGAUGUCUAUAUUCAGGGUGAGAGGCAACUAACAGAUUUCAACAUCCAAGACAGUGCAAGAGGUCCAAAUAAAAACAUAGCAAUAACAAACCUCACAGCAAAUGUUACUAAUGAUAGUGUAUUGGAAAUCCACUUGUACUGGACUGGUAAAGGUUCCCCCGCAGAUUCACCACAGUUUAAUGGGCCUCUCAUAUCAGCUAUCGCUGUAACUCCUGAGUUCCCAAUUGAAGACGAUAAGGGACUAUCUCCUGCACAUAUUUCACUGAUUACAGUGGCUUCAAUAGUAUUUGCCGGGCUGCUUUUGUUGGCUUUGGCUUGGGCAAUGGGCUGCUUUGGAAAAGAAGAGCUUCAUGAAAUAAAUGUAGGCUUAGAGAAGCCUGUCACCCUCAAACAAUUAAAAGAUGCCACUCGAAAAUUCAGCAAAGAAAUGGAGAUUGGUCAUGGGAGUUUUGGGAUAGUGUAUAGGGCUGAAGUGCAGCCAAAAUAUAAUGUAGCCGUGAAGAGGUUUUUUACUAAUUCGAUAGAAGGAAUCAACAAAUUGAAAAGUGAAUUUUAUAAUACCUUGCAAAAAUUGAAACAUGAAAAUCUGGUUCGACUGUUCGAUGUCUAUGUUGGAAAGGGCAUGCAUUUGCUCAUAUACGAAUAUAUGGAAAACAGAUCCCUUCAAGAUGUCUUGUUUGGUGAAUCAAAUGGCAGGAUCACACUUGACUGGAAAGACAGAUAUAAAAUAUGCUUGGGAAUCGCGAGUGGUUUGAAGUACCUACAUGAUGAGCUUCCUAAGGGACCUAGAUUCAAGAUGGUUCAUAGGGGUAUUAAACCUUCUAACAUCCUUCUUGAUGGUAAUCUAAACGCCAAAAUAUCAGAUUUUGGAAAUUCAGUCCUUUAUGCUGAAGAUUACCAAGAGAACCAAUUUAAGGUCAUGAAAGAAGAAGCAUCACACGGGUAUAUGGCGCCUGAGUACCUAAUGUUUGGAGCCAUAUCAUGCAAAUAUGAUGUUUAUGGUUAUGGGGUUGUUAUACUCGAAAUUGUUUGUGGGAGGAGAAAUGCAGGACAAAAAUUAAACCAGGAGCAGCUUGACUUUCUUGUAGAGGAGGUUGUUCUUGCAGAAUCAGAAGGAAGGCUCCACGAGAUGGUGGAUAAAAAUUUGUUGGUGUAUGAUGAAACAGAAGCCAUGAAAAUUUUGAAGUUGGCAGUGAAGUGCACCAAUAUAUCCGCCAGUUUCAGGCCCACAAUGUCUGAAGUUGUGAGUGUUUUGAAAGGUGAGAAAACCAUUGACGAUAUUUGGAAGCCUGCCUCCACCCAGAUUCUUUGCCAAAACUGUUUCAAAUCUCUACAUGAAGAUGAUGGUGUUGGAGAUCAACAGCACGCUUAGCUUCUCUGGUGAUUGAUGUGCAAUGAAAGUGUCUGUUGCAUGUGUCGCUAUUAUAUAUUUCAUGUAAGAAAGUGUAAAAUUCACUACCACUACUGAUGAUGUGCGAAACUGCAGUGUCAAAAAAUAGAGAAUGUUUUUGUGAAAGUUUAAAAAGAUAUAUAGGAAGUGUGAACAAAUUAUGCAAGAGAGACCGGAGCUGAAGUAAUUAGAGACAGAAAGUGAAGUGAGGUCCAUUUGGUGCCCUUGCUUGUAUUGUAAGUGCAUGCUAGUAAGUAAAAAGCUAGUGAGUUGAAUUAGAAUCUUUCUCAUUGAAAUGUACAAUUACCACAUAUAUGGCAUGCUUUCUUGAUCGUUUAUGUUU